UUCGUUGCCUAUAUGGAAGAUACUGAAUGGAAUGAUUUGUUACGUGCUUAUGGUAUUGUUUCAGCUCGAAUACAGGAGAAAGAGGCAGAUUCAUCAAAAGAAAUACAAGAGCCUUAUGUAGAAGAAUUGAAAUCUUCAGAACAUUCAGAAUUAGAUGAUUUAGAUGACCCAGUUGUAAAGGCGUACAGUGAACGGCGUUUACAGGAAUUACAGGCCUAUGCAGCAUGUGCUAAGUAUGGUGAAAUACGUAUGAUUGAGUAUAAGGAAUGGAUUACAGAAGUUACUGAAGCAAGUUAUAAUACAUGUGUUCUAGUUUUUUUAUACAAAGAUACGAUUUCAGCGAGUCAACGAUUAGCAGAAAAGUUAAAGCAGAUAGCAAUGAAAUAUCCAUACAUAAAAAUGGUAAAAAUACAGGGAAAUAAGGCAAUUCAGGGAUAUCCAGAUAAGAAUUUGCCAACAUUGCUCAUUUAUAAAUUAGGAAAUUUAAUAGGGCAAAAAAUAGUAAAUUUAGGCAAUAUUGAAGAAGUGGAAAAUUGGCUGAAAGAAUUAAAUGUAUUGAAUGAGGAAGAAAUUGAUGAAUAGAAUUGAUAGUAUAGAAUUGAAAAAAGGAAACGAUUUAUUUUGUACAAAAAUAUAUUCCAAAAGAAAAAUGUUCAAGAAUGCAAAAAAAUGUAAGAUGA